AUGGCUUGUCACAGCAGGCGGCGGCAGGUUGUCUAUAGCAACAACGCUAGGUUCAUGGAGAUUGGUGGCCGCGUCACCGAUGACGCUCACCACGGCUGCGCUUCAUUGUUGGCAGCACUACUUCAGUCCAAGCUGCGACGCCUGCUAGACCUUAGCAAGGACUCCUUCACAAUCAAAUGUGUUUUGACUGUCAUCAAAGAGCAUCGGACGAAAGAUUUGCGCACAGCCAUUGUCGUCCCGCUCCCGCAGUCGAGCCUGCACAAACACUUCCUGGAUAUGUUGAAGGGCGGGGAAGGUGCGGACGUGACCUUCACCGUCGGCGGCCAGUCGUUCCUCGCGCAUAGAUGUGUGCUCGCUGCAAGGUCCCCGGUCUUUAAAGCUGAGCUCUUUGGUAAGAUGAAUGAGACUCUGGCGCAGAGCAUCAACAUCGAUGGCAUGGAACCCUCCAUCUUCGAGGCACUUCUUCACUUCAUCUACACCGAUUCUCUACCCGAUGACUGGCAUGCGGAUAGACACGCGGGGAUGCAGCACCUGCUGGUUGCCGUGGAUCGAUACAGAGUGGACAGGUUAAUGGUGUUGUGCAAAGAGAAAUUGUGUGGAAGCAUCAACGUGAAAACCGUUGCAACAACCCUUGCUCUAGCGGAGCAACACCAUUGCGUGCACCUGAAAAGGGCAUGUCUUGAACUUUUGUCUUCAAGGGAUGUGCGCCAAGCUGUCAAAGAAACAGAUGGAUUCAGGCAUCUUGUAGCAAGCUGCCCAUCGGUUAUCCUCGAGAUUUUUGAUAAGCCUCCCCCGCUGUCCUGA